CUCCAGCAGAGUUAGGAUGCCUUUACCAACCCGGCGAUAAGCCGUCUGAAGGCUACUUCCUUCUCAAGCCCGCCGACAAGAUUAGGGUACCUAGCGGUUGGAUCUGACGGAUUUUUCACCUGUAGGUUAUUGGGAAUACUAAGCUUAGAUGCUCCGUUCUUAUCGUUUACGCCCGUGCUUGGCGGUCAGCCACGAGGCCGCUAGGUUUGCUUCUGCCAGCGAUUAAGCGGCGAGCAUGCAGCGUCGAAACAGCUAUUGCGAGACGGACCCGGUAGAAGCGUUUCUUAACAAGGUCGGCGAUCAAGCGGCGCUGUCAGUAACGAAAUCAUGAGGACGGUCGGGACUCACUGAAUGCCUGACGGACGAGGUUGCAUGCGUCGUCGUCGCCUCUCUUUUUCCUCCACAGCUAUUAUGCACGACAGUUCUCUACCAGGUUUCUGCUGUCAGCCCAACUUCUGAGGUGGACAUCCACCAAAUGGCCAUGAGGACAUUCGGACACCUGAGAUCGGAACGACCGUCUGACCAUCGUUAGCGACACAGGCCGCCUAGAGAGUCACUGUGUCACUUUUCUUCGCGUCCCUUGAGCCUUGCUUACGUACUAACACUGUCUUCCGUCUUUCGGCGUCCCCUCCUGUUCCUGCUAACGAGGCAUUCAAUCGGGAUUGAGGCUUCACACCACCCUUGGGAACAGGCUUCAACGCCGGUCGCAACAGUGGCAGUACCCGCGACUCUGUCAGCAGCAGCAUCGGUGCAGAAUCGGCUACCAUGCUUCCCUGAAAGGCUCCCAGUAGCGGAGACCGCGUGCCGAUGCAGCAGCAGCGAAACCUGCCUUGGACAACCCUGGAUUCGGUUUAAGUUCGCUCGCUACUAGCAACCUAGCGGUGUGGUAGUCACAUGUGGGAACGUGUAAUCGUUUCAUGUGCAGAGCGGACGUCCCAGCCAGGAGUUCUAGAAGAAUCUGCGUCGCCCCUCAGCAUGACGAACCGAACCGUGACUAGUAGUCCGGAGCCAGCCCAGCCCAAAAGAAACGCUCGACAGCCUCGUCACCCGCUAUCGCACCUCGCCUGCGUCAUCGUACGGAACGUAGCGUCGCCUUGGCCAGAUGCCGCUAACUCCUCUCGCCCACGCCUACAUCGUCUCGUCACCGCCGCCUAGCCUCGUUCUCUCGUUCGCUUUUCCGCCGCGAAUAAGGCUUCCCUCACCUCGGUUAGAUGUCGAUCAGCUCGGCAGUGCGAUACACCGUCAUCAGACUUCCUACGCCUCUAUUAGUAGUCUCCCGGUUCUAGUCCACCGAUUCUAGCCCGCCGUUUGUAGUCCACCUAUUCUAGCCCGCCGAUUCUAGCCGGCCGAUCCUAGUCCGCCGAUUCCUGCCCGCCAAAAAGGGUGUGCGUUCUGUACUCUGCCACGGAUUACCAAACUUCUCAUCUACGUCCGACGGUCGCCCACGAGGCUUGAUUCUGGGAGCGAUUGGCCAGCCAUCCUGCAGCGGCGUCGAAACGAUCAUUGCGAGAAACGGCGUUGAAGUGAGCGUUCAACGCUCAACUGGGAUGCAGCAGCGGGACGAGCGUCGGGACAUGCAGCAGCGGGAGGCGGAGGUCGCGAGGAUGGACGCGAUUGAAGGGAUUCUCCCCCGUUGCGCCUCCUCGCUCCUCCUCCUCGCUCCUCCUCCUCGCUCCUCCUCUUUGGUCCGCUCACUCUCUCAGCUGCACUUCGCCGUCACCGGGACGGGCUGCAACGAGGGGAGACAGGUACGUUGAAGCUUCAAGGGAGGCGGGGGGGAUGGUGUCUACCACAGGCCGCCUAGAGAGUCAACGUGUGAAUCAUCUUCGCGUCCAUCCGUUCCCUUGCACGUGUACUAACACCGUCCUCCCCGUGCCUGAUUGCGAGGAUUCUUCCGGUGCUGGAGCUUCACACCACCCUUGGGAAGAACCGUGUCAAGGGAGGCACCUCCAACACUACCAGCAGCUGCGAGCAGCGGUGGUGUCUGUGGGUGCAUCAGAGGAGAGACGGUCUCUCCCCCUGCUCUUCCCCAAGACGUGCUGCAAGGAAGGAGAAAAAGUCUGUUGGCGGUCCAAGGGAGGUGGGGGGGAUUGUGUCUACAGGCCGCCUAGAGAGUCAUUUUGUCACUUUUUGCCGCGUCCAUCUCUGGCCUUGCUCGUGUGCUAACACCUCGUCUCUCUCUUCCCUUUCUGCGUGGUUAAUCUCCUCUUCGUUUUCCUGCUGGGGAGGCGUAAGAGUGUCUCAGAAGCUGCACGCCAGCUGCAGCAGCCGUGGCAGCACUGGCGACUGUGGGAGCAUGAGAGGGGAUGUGACCUCUCUCACCUCAUGCCGUCAUCCCCUGCCUGUCUGACUCCAACUGCUUCCACCUUCAGCUAAGUACCUUCUCCACCCUGAACUUCGCUUUGCAUGCUGCGAGCUGCUUCAAUUCUUUCCUUGUUUUGAUCUCAUGUGCUUCCAUGCUGCCUCGUGUGCUUCCAUGCUGCCUCAUGUGCUUCCAUGCUGUCUCAUGUGCUUCCAUGCUGUCUCAUGUGCUUCCAUGCUGUCUCAUGUGCUUCCAUGCUGUCUCAUGUGCUUCCAUGCUGUCUCAUGUGCUUCCAUGCUGUCUCGUGUGCUUCCAUGCUGCCUCAUGUGCUUCCAUGCUGUCUCAUGUGCUUCCAUGCAGCCUCGUGUGCUUCCAUGCUGCCUCGUGUGCUUCCAUGCUGUCUCAUGUGCUUCCAUGCUGUCUCAUGUGCUUCCAUGCUGUCUCAUGUGCUUCCAUGCUGUCUCAUGUGCUUCCAUGCUGUCUCAUGUGCUUCCAUGCUGUCUCGUGUGCUUCCAUGCUGCCUCGUUUGCUUCCAUGCUGUCUCAUGUGCUUCCAUGCUGUCUCAUGUGCUUCCAUGCUGUCUCGUGUGCUUCCAUGCUGCCUCGUGUGCUUCCAUGCUGUCUCAUGUGCUUCCAUGCUGUCUCAUGUGCUUCCAUGCUGCCUCGUGUGCUUCCAUGCUGUCUCAUGUGCUUCCAUGCUGCCUCGUGUGCUUCCAUGCUGCCUCGUGUGCUUCCAUGCUGCCUCGUGUGCUUCCAUGCUGCCUCAUGUGCUUCCAUGCUGCCUCGUGUGCUUCCAUGCUGCCUCAUGUGCUUCCAUGCUGCCUCGUGUGCUUCCAUGCUGCCUCAUGUGCUUCCAUGCUGUCUCAUGUGCUUCCAUGCUGUCUCGUGUGCUUCCAUGCUGCCUCGUGUGCUUCCAUGCUGCCUCAUGUGCUUCCAUGCUGCCUCGUGUGCUUCCAUACUGCCUCAUGUGCUUCCAUGCUGCCUCGUGUGCUUCCAUGCUGCCUCAUGUGCUUCCAUGCUGCCUCAUGUGCUUCCAUGCUGCCUCAUGUGCUUCCAUGCUGCCUCAUGUGCUUCCAUGCUGCCUCAUGUGCUUCCAUGCUGCCUCAUGUGCUUCCAUGCUGCCUUGGGUGCUUCCAUGCUGCCUCAUGUGCUUCCAUGCUGCCUCGUGUGCUUCCAUGCUGCCUCGUGUGCUUCCAUGCUGCCUCAUGUGCUUCCAUGCUGCCUCAUGUGCUUCCAUGCUGCCUCGUGUGCUUCCAUGCUGCCUCGUUAUAUCUCUGGUCACUGGUUGGAGCGUGAAUCACAAGCCACAGACCCCCGUACUCCAGGUAAACCCCUCAGGUUCAGGUCCCCUGACACCCACCCAGGUUCCCCCCCCCAGGUGCGCUUGGGGUCUGUGGCUUGAAAAUGUGCCUCCACCAGUGGCCCCUCCCUUCUCUCACCUUUCAGUUUCUUAUUGUUUCUCUACCAGUUAUCACCUCUCUCACCUUUCAUUCCCUGAUGUCCACUAACUAACGCUGUGUGUGUGCACUGCUGGUGGUGGGGAGGGGCGUGGGGGUCAACACAGAUGCUCCGUAAUGUUCCUCCAACUGCAACCACUGCACCCGUGGCAGUGGCAGCCGUGACAGUGGUGGCAGCCGCGUUGUCAACACAGCGUGGAGUGCAGGAAAGUGGUGCUCAACACAGCAGCAGCAACGGCAGCAGGGACGUCACAAAGCAGCAUCAGAGGUUUCGCCUUGCCUUACUUUCACCUCUCAUUUUGCGUGCUUUCUACCCUCUCUUUGCAAGUACAGUGCCAUUUCUCUAUG